GUCAUCGGCGACCAGGACCGCGCCGACGCUGAGCAGUGGCACCGCGACCGCAUCGAGCGCAAGAUGCGCGGCGAGUACGAGCGUGCAGGCAAGCACCUCGCAGAGAUUGUGCACGACAACCUCGACACGCCGCUCCGCCUCAACGCCAUCCGCAUCUUUGGCGCCAAGUCGACUCGCCCCUCGUUCCUGUCGCGCAUCUUUGCCCCCUACUUGUCGCCGCUCCCGCCUCCCUCGUUUCUCGCCGCCACGUUCGCCCCCGACGCGCCCGCUCCGCCCUCGCAGCACACGCUGCGCUCGCUCCUCCAGGCGACGCGCGACCUGUCGAGCACGCUCGACAAGUUUGACCUGUACCGCGGCGUCGAGGCGACCAUCGAGCGCAGCGACAGCGUCCUGAGCGAGCGCGAGGACGUCGACAUCGUCCUGCGCGUCCAGGAGGCGCCCAAGUACUUCUUGCGCACCGCGACCGACGUCGGCGACGGCGAGGGCAACGCUACGGGCACGGCCAAGAUCCGCAACGCGUUCGGCGGCGCCGAGACGGUCGAGGGCAACGUCAGCUUCGGCACGCGCACCAAGUCGGCCUUCCAGCUGCGCCUCGACACGCCCGUCAACUCGUCGUCGACGACGCACGCCGACCUGAGCAUCUUUUCGGCGCAGCGCGACCUCGGCUUCUACGCGAGCUGCCACGAGGCGACCAAGGGCACGAUGGCGCGCUUGAGGACCCUUACGCCGUUCGGCACGCACGAGCUCGCCUACGAGGCUGUCCUGCGCCAAAUUGGCGACGUCGCCCCGAGCGCGUCCAUGUCGAUCCGCGAUGCGGCCGGCCCGUCGGUCAAGAGCGCCAUCUCGCACGUCUUUAUGCGGGAUACGCGCGACGACCCGUUCGUGUCGACCCGAGGCGCGUUCGUCAAGCUCAAGCAGGAGUACGCGGGUCUCGGCGGCGACGCCAAUUUCUUCAAGCUCGAGCAGGAGGGCUCGGUCGCUCGUUCUCUCGGCGGCGGCUAUUCUGUGUCCCUCUCUGGCCGGUCCGGCUUCCUCUUCCCCCUCUCGGCCGUCCGCCCUCCCUCCUCAUCCUCGUCCUCCUCCACCCCGCGCACCUCGCUCUUCCCCGACCGGUACCACCUCGGUGGCCCCACCUCGGUCCGAAACUUCCGCCUCAACGCGCUCGGCCCCAAGGACCUCGGCGACUACGUCGGCGGUGACGCCUUUUACGCCCUUGGCGCGAGCGUCCUCACGCCGUGCCACAUCCCGACGCCGUGGCGCAAGGGCGCCGCCAAUAAGUGGUGGAGCAGCGAGAACCUGCACGGCCACGCGUGGGUCAACGCGGGCAAGCUCGUCGGCUCGGGUGCGCUCUCGCCUCGCCUACUCGCAGGCCAGCCCGUCUCGGCCAUCGUCGCGACACCUCCCUCGCUCACGGCCGGCUUCGGCCUCAUGUACCGCCACUCGCUCGUCCGCAUCGAGGCCAACGUCGGCGUGCCCGUCGUGCAGACGAGGGGCGAGGGCGGCGUCAAGGGGUUCCAGUUCGGGCUCGGAUUGAGCUUCCUCUAGACGGCGGCGUGUCGAAAGCAUAGACGGAGCUGCUGAAAAGGAGGCGCGCAAGCGCGCGUUUGAGCAUGAGG